UACCUCUUUGACUCCCACGCGCCCAUCAAGGAGCUGCCCUGCGGCCACUUCCUGCACUCCAGCUGCUUCGCCCAGUACACCCGCUACAACUACACCUGCCCCGUCUGCUGCAAGUCCAUCGGGGACAUGAGCGUGUACUUCAAGAUGAUAGACUCCCUGCUGGCCGCAGAGGCGCCCCGCCUGCCGCCGCAGUACGCCAGCCAGACCCAGGCCGUGCUCUGCCACGACUGCGGGCGGCAGGGGCUCGCCAGCUGGCACUUUGUGUACCACUCGUGCCAGCACUGCCGGUCGUACAACACGCGCGUGCUGUGA